ACCAGGCUGCCUAGGGCCUUGGCUCAGUCUUGAUCCGGACACCGGAGAAGACAGUCGCAGGAAGGGAGACCAGAAGACAGUCCACUCCCUCAGCCUCCAGCCCUUGGGGGUUGACGGGUAGCCAUGGACUUGUACCUGAACAACUGUUUGAAGGCUGCCGAGGCUGCUGCCUCCAAAGCGGCUUCUGGCAACCUCAAAACUGACAAAGACACUUGUAGUACCAAGAGACAGAAACCUGUUGUUCCAAAGAUUGGACCAUCUAGCCUGUUGGACUUGCCCCUGGGGGCCAAACUGCCCAUUAUCCCAGGAAGUACUAACAUAUUCUAUACCACAAAUAUAAGUGAAAAGCUUUAUCGGCCUUCUUUUGGUUUUAAUCUUAGUGAUCCUUACUGUAGACUCAUGGAAACCACCUACCAAAGUCUUCAUGAUCCACACCUUAAAGCAUACUUCAGACGAAAAGACAUGCUCAAGAAACUAAGACAGGGAGGCUACAUCACCAGCAAUAACAAAGUCAUAUGUUCCUUAAAAGAGCUGAACAAAUACAGACAAUAUCUUACCACUCUAAAAAUUGACUUUGAGAGAAAUUAUGUCAGGGAACAAAAAAUUAUAGAAAGCCAGGUGAAUAAGCUGAACGAAGAGAGACGAGCUUGUCACGAAGCUGCCGCUGCUGCCUCAUUUCAGCAGUGGCUGUUAAGAGAAGGGAAGAAGACUUCCCCGCAUCAAGACCGAUUAAUAAAACGAAGACAUUUGUGUAUGAUUAAUAAAGAACUAGACAAAAUUGAAGACACCUUGGGGAGAAGAAACACACUGCAGUUAGAAGAAGAAGACAGACUACAUUGGUAUAGUGUUCAAACAAAACUGAAUCAACACAAACAGAUUGAGGAGGAAUGGCAAUCCAAGGAGAUGACACUUCUAUCAAAGAUCGGAGAAGAAGUUAAGAGAGAAGCAAAAGUUGACGAACGUCGGCGAAAAAUCAGAGAGGAAAUUAACCAAAAGAAACAAGUAAUGCUUCAAAAAAGAAUGGCCUACCAUUUACAAAAACUGCAAGGAAAAGAUAAAAAAGAAGAAAAGCGGGAAGCAAGUGUCCCUGAAAGCAAAAGACAACCUGAAACAGCCUCGUCAAUAACGCAAAAAAGAUCAACUUUCACUGAGGAGAACACGUCUCCAGAACAUCCAGAACAAAAAUCAUCUAUAUCAAGUUUAAGGACAAGUAUCUCUGACGAAAAACUAUUACAAGAAUCAUGGAUCUCUGAACAAAGACUGUUGGCAGAAUCAAGAGAGUCAAAAUGUAACUAUUGUGUAGUGAUUGAAAUUGAAUAAUUUUUGAGACCUGGC